AUGGCAACAUCGACAAGACGAACUGAUCAAUAUAAUGAUAAAAAAUCUUAUGUUGUCAAAGAUCUUAUCUGGAAAGAUCAUAUAUCGAAAAUUGAUACAGCACAAAAAUUUCAUGAUAAAAAAUGGGGUUUUCUUAAUGAUAUGCAACCUCAAACUUCAUCAUACGAUCCAAAACGAUCACCAAGAACUGCAUUUGCUUAUACUAAUUCUUCUUCAACCAUUCAAACUAAACAUAUUGAACAACCACAACAACAUGUUACAGUUUGUCCAUCUCCAAGACCAUUACCAAUGACAACAAGUAAUUUAAUUGGUUGGCGAACAGCAGAUAAAAAUUGUACGUUGGAAAAAUAUGGCAAAUAUACACGUGGACAAGAAUCCUUACACAAAAAGUUCAAAUGGCCUGUUGAAGGCUUUGAUUAA